GCGGAAGCACCAAAUUGUACUGUACGGCAAACAGGUUCUCGGUUUAUAUUUUUUGUUUUGUUUUGAUUUGUUUUUUUUUAACCGCGUUUGGGUAAUUAUUCAUUUUAGUAACAACAAACAUGGCCCUCACCGAUGCGGAUGUCCAAAAACAGAUAAAGCACAUGAUGGCCUUCAUUGAGCAAGAGGCCAAUGAAAAGGUUGAGGAAAUUGACGCCAGAGCGGAGGAAGAGUUCAAUAUCGAGAAAGGUCGCUUGGUCCAAACGCAGAGGGUGAAAAUUAUGGAAUACUAUGAGAAGAAGGAAAAGCAGAUUGAACAGCAUAAGAAAAUCCAGAUGUCCAACCUGAUGAACCAAGCAAGACUGAAAGUGCUGAAGGCUCGUGAUGACAUGAUCAUGGAUAUGUUGGUCGAAGCGCGACAAAGACUUGCAGCGAUUGCGCAAGAUCCUGCCAGGUACUCCACAUUGCUGGAGGGGCUUGUGCUUCAGGGUUUCUACCAACUGCUGGAAGAGAAAGUUAUCAUUUGCUGUCGACAGCAAGAUGUGGAGAUGGUUCAGACUGCAGUGAAUAAGAACAUCCCCAUCUUCAAAGAGGCUGUGAAAAAAAACAUUGUUGUCAAAAUUGACACGAACCAUUUUCUGCCGUCAAGCAUCUGCGGAGGAGUGGAGAUGUAUAAUGAAAAUGGCAAGAUUAAAGUAUCCAACACUUUGGAGAACAGACUUGAACUUCUAGCACAACAGAUGAUGCCUGAAAUCAGAGUGUCCUUAUUUGGCGCCAACCCCAACCGCAAAUUCACAGAUUAACGGUGGAUUUUAAGGGUGCAGCAUGUACAAAGGUGGAAUAGGUUUCGUCUAUGCUGUGUUGCAUAAUACUAUUGAUGACAAGUAUACCCACUCAAGUGCCUUACUUUUAACUGAUGUAUCCCAUGGACUAUUUUCAGCCAUAUAUGCCAAAUGCGUUGUUGUUUUUUCCAAGAGAAAUUAACAGUGUUACUAUGUAUAUACAAUCAAACAAAGAACAUGUUUGUAAUUAUGAGGGCACGCUUAACAUUCAAGAGCCAAAGUAAUAAAUGAGUACAACAAAGUA